AUGUGUCCAAGCGACACCCGAGAAUGGGCCCCACAUUCCAUCUUCUCCAUCAUUGGGAGCGAGCAUUCAUGGUUCAUCUCCGACUUCGAGAUCUUGUACGAUGCCCCCGCACGCAAGAUCUCCUUGUCGAGCAAAUCAGAUGCCGAAGGGUUUCUCAACCAAGCCAAGGGGCAUGUUUGA